AUGGUGCUCAACAUCUGGGUGACUUCUCCGGAUACGCAUUCAGAGCGACGUAUAGACCCACAUAUAACGGUUGAGCAACUCAAGAUCAAACUCGAGCCAAUAACAGGUAUACCAGCCGCCAACCAACGCCUCACCCUCUUCAACUCCGAAGCGGACUCUACGCCCGUCGCUCAGCUCUCGGAUGACUCGAAGCAGCUUGGGUUUUAUUGGUUGAGAGAUUGGCAGGUUAUCAAGGUAGAAGACACGAACCCCUCAUCGUCGUUAACGGGUCAACUAUCGGACGUGUCGCAAGUUGAGAAAUUUGAGAUGAGCGAGGCGGAGUAUGCGAAACGAUCAGACACGGUUCUGGCGUAUAAACAGCUGCACAAAGUCGGCCGGUUCGCGCCCCCACCACCUACUCCCUCUGACCCGCAAACCACCGUUGACAUUCCCCUCAACUCGCGGUGCGAAGUCGAGUCACACGAGGAAGGCCUACAUAAACGCGGUGCUGUGCGUUUCGUGGGUCCUACCAAGUUUGGUGAUGGGAAGGGUGUUUGGGUGGGUGUUGAAUAUGAUGAGCCUAUGGGGAAGAAUGAUGGGUCGGUACAAGGAGAACGUUAUUUCACUUGUCGACCGAAUUACGGUGCUUUUGUGCGUCCGGAGAAGGUCAAGGUUGGGGAUUAUCCUGUUGAGGAACUUGAUUUGGAGGAUGAGGAGAUUUGA